ACUGCCGUGCUCCAUCGUAUCCACGUGAGUUCAGUACCACAUUUGCGAGGUUGUGUGGUGUACGUACGAAUUCCAGUCUAGGUUUCUUCUCUUUCAAACAAUCGCAGUUGGGUUUGUUUUCAGACAAAGUAGUUACAGCCAUGUCUUCUUUUCGAAAAGCCUUGAAGUCUAAACAACGAGACCACAAAGAGCGAUCGCAGCUCGGUUUCAGGAAACAUUUGGGACUGUUAGAGAAAAAGAAGGACUACAAACUUCGUGCAGAUGACUACCACCGGAAACAGAAGACCCUUAUGGCCUUGCGCAAGAAGGCCAUGGAUAAGAACCCUGAUGAAUUUCACUUUAAAAUGAUACACAGUCAAUUAAAGGAUGGAGUUCACGUGAUCAAACCAAAAGAUGACGCGAUGACAGAGGAGCAGAAGAAAGUGAUGAGGACCCAGGACAUCAGAUAUGUGGAAAUGAAGCGAGUGUCGGAGAUGAAGAAAAUCGAAAGAAUGAAAUCAGAGCUCCACCUUCUUGAUGUUGAUGAGAAAAAUAAAAAUAAACAUGUUUUUUAUGUUGACUCAAAAAGAGAAGUGGAGGACUUUGACCUGGCCACACACCUCAACACAGUACCUGAAUUGGUGGGACGAGCAUAUAACAGACCUACAAUAGAAACCCUGGAAAAGAAAAGCAUUAUGGGAGCAGUGGAUCCUCACAGUAUAAAAAAACUUGCGAAGCAGAGAGAACUUCAGUAUUUAAGGCUUUCACAGCGUAUUGACAGAGAGAAGAACAUGUUUGUCAUUAGUCAAAAAAUUCAGACUAGAAAAGAUCUACAACAAGAUAAGGGUAAGAAAGUCAAAGUCCGUGAGGAGAGCAAAAGUGUUCCAGCCGUCUAUAGAUUUGAGGCCAAGAGAAAAAGAUGACAUCUUUGAAUCAGCACACAAAAGAGAAACUCACUCUUGUGGCCGCCAAUCAGCAGUUUAAUCUGUGAAGUGGACUGAUUCUAAGGAUUUGGCUUUCACUUCUAUCACAUAGUCUGUGAGGCCAUUCUGGGAAUCAUACACAUUAUAAGGCAAGGAGUUUGUACAUAUUUAUUGCAAAGUCAUUUGUUGCUUUAAAAUAAAGGUUUUGGAUUUUUCUUUA